CUCUCUCUCUCUCUCUCUCUCUCUCUCUAAAAGCUCGCGGAGCUCUCUCGCCAUCGCGAACAGGCCUCGGCAUUUGAGUUGAAUCUCUCUCUCUCUCUCGCUCUCGAAAGUUCGAUUCGUGCGGCGGACGGAGAAGGGCGGUAGAGCACACGCCGCGGUCGGCACGCCGGGAGCUCGCUCUUUCCGUGUGGUCCUAUCUCGGAAGGCAAGGAAUCUUGGUCAUAGCACAAGCAAGAUGGCCCUAGAGCGCUCUUUUGUAGAUUCUAUGGCAUCGCAAAACCCUUGUGGAGUACACAAGUCGUCUUUAGAGAACUGGAAGUCCCUCGUGGCGGCUGCUGCUGACUCGGAGGAUAACCUUUCCGGUGGCUUCGAGUGCAAUAUCUGCCUCGACAUGGUGCAGGAUCCGGUGGUAACCCUAUGUGGUCAUCUCUACUGUUGGCCUUGCAUCUACAAGUGGCUUCAAGUUCAGAGUACUGACAUGGAAAACGAAGAACCGCAACCACAGCAGUGUCCGGUUUGUAAAGCAGAGGUUUCACAGGCCACUCUGGUCCCGCUCUAUGGCCGCGGUGGAUCUACCAAAUCGGCCAAAAGCAAGGCCCGGCAACUCGGCUUAGUCAUACCGAAAAGACCGUUUGGUCCUGCUUGUGGCGUUGAUAGCCCGAGAUCUCUCGGCUCCAUUUCCAGUCCGCGUUCAGUUCAGCGAGUUCACAAUCAAGUUUACACACCACAAUCGCCGUUGUACCAGUCCCAACUUGGUACCUACCCAGCCGCGCCAAUGACUAACCUAGGUGGCGCAUCGACGAAUUUGGUGGACCCGAUGAUUGGGAUGCUUGGUGAGAUGGUAUACGCGAGGGUGUUUGGGAACUCGAUGACGAACUUGUACUCGUACCCAAACUCGUAUCAUCUCGCCGGGAGCAGCAGCCCCAGGGUGAGGAGGCACGUGAUGCAGGCUGAUAAGUCUUUGAGCAGAAUAUGUUUCUUCCUCUUUUGUUGUAUGGUUUUGUGUCUACUUUUGUUUUGAGUGGAGACCAUUUUGGACUCUCCUUUGGAUCACAUGUAAAAAUUAUGAGGAUUACAAAGGAGAAGUCCGGCGCAGCGGUGCGGAUUAGAAUUUAGAGUCGUAUCUCUCCUGCUGCCAUAUAAUUUAUACGGAAUUUUACAGUUCGGAGUGGAUGUUCAUCGUUAUCAGCUGAAGUAUUGUAUCUGAUUGAUUUGCAA